AUGCUUAAUGAAAAAUACUUUAAAAAGUCCACCGUCCCCAGUUUCGACGUGUGGCGCGAGUUCCCCGAUAGGAUAGUGGGGUUUCCGUCCAGGCUUCAUGUAUGGGACAACACCACCAACUCGUGGCGGUACCACAGCGAGUGGACUAACCAGAUAUCUAUGGUGUUGACUGGUGCCGCGUUCCACCACAAGAUCUGGUCCUGGUACUACACGCACAAGAUGCCCGCCGAGAUCCGCCGCUGGGUCGACGAUAACUUCAACUGUGAAGAUAUCGCCAUGAAUUUCCUCGUCGCCAACGUCACUAGAAAACCACCAAUCAAGCGUGUCCUUCUCACUGUAGCUUAUCAUUUAAUAAAUUUAUAUAUAUUUUUAACGGUAAGUAUCGACCCUGACACUGCCUCCCUCCCUAAAUCCGGGCCUUCGUCUUUGUCGCUUGCGUCUUUACCCUCAGCUCUAAUGGAAUUCCUGUUAAAUCAAAAGGUGACACCCCGUAAGAAAUUCAAGUGUCCGGAAUGCACCAACACUGAGAUGUUGUCGGCGGACGCGCGGCACAUGACGCAGCGGUCCGCGUGCGUCGACCGGUUCGCCAACAUCUACGGUCACAUGGCGUUGAAAGCGGUGGAGUUCAGAGCCGACCCGUUGCAAUAUAGAGAGACCAGCACAGGAAUACCGCACGUUUAUCCAGACAUUGGAGCACUGUAA